AAAAAUAUAAAAAUAACCUUUGUGACAUUAGGCAUGUAUAUUAAUCUAAUGUCUAACUGUACACGAGUUUUAUACAUUUUUUAUAUAAAAAGAUAUAUAUUUACAUUUUCAAAAUUAUUAAAUAUAUUUACCCAAAAUAUGAUAUUUAAAAAAAAUCAACAUAUUAAUACUAGAAAAAUAGACGAAUCUAUAAUAAUUAAGGAUGUGUUUAAUUAUGAUGAAUCAAAAUGCAGUUUACCAUAUAAUAAUUCAUUAGAAAAAAAUAAAUCUAUUAAAAAAGUCAAAGUGAAAAACUGUCGGAAUAUUGUAAAAGUUUUACAAAUUAACUGGAAUAUAGAUGAGCAUGACAUAAAACAUCGGCUUAGAACUGCUACAAGAUCUUUAGAAAAAGGGUAUAAUAUUGAUGUUAUAAUUAACUCGAAAAAAUCAGGUGAAAGUUUUGAGUUAUCCAAACGAGAAAAAAUGCUAAAAAAUUUACGUGAAAAAAUGUUAAUCAAUGGAAACGAAAGAAAACCAGCAAUUGGUACAAUUAGUGGACUAUAUAGAUUAUAUUUUAAACCAAAAAAUACUUUAUAGUAAAACAUAAUAUUAAUGAUUUUAUAAAUCAAUAUAUAUAUAUGUUAUAUUUUUUUUAAAAAAAAAUACAAUUUUAUGCAUUUUAUAUGCAAAUCUUUUAUUUAAAAUUAUAAUUCAAC